GAAUCAAUGAAAAAAUCUCUGUAUAGUUGCAUCUCUUCACACGUAUUAAAGGACAUGAUUUGUGAUAUUGGAGACAGCAGAGAAAACGUUAUCGGCCUGCCCGGCGUUAACAGUCGGCCUCCACUCUACACAGCUGUAAUCUAUCUGUAUAUUUUUAUAAUUACGGAAGCUCUACUCUGAUCCGUAUUAUUCAUUCAAUCAAUUCUUCAACUUUAAUUUAUAUUCUCCGUUUCUAUCUUUGUGAGCUUGAGCUACCGAGUUGGAAAAAUACAAUCUUAAAUCCCGCGUUCAUACUUGAUGUGCUUACACACACAUUGAGAUCAAUUAGCUCAGAUUGAAGAAGCUCUAGCUAGCAACAAUGGAUUUAAGAAACGGUUGCUUUCUUUCCAUUUUCACUGUGAUUUGUUGUCAUUCUCUAUUCGCAGGCUGUUCUUCUUCCAGUUUUAUCUCAGAUGGUGUUUUUGUCUCUCAAUCUUCCACGGGGAGGCACCUGCUUCAGAAUAAAAAAAGCAUGCCCAGUUAAUUUUGAGUUUCAGAAUUACACUGUGAUCACCAGCCAAUGCAAAGGACCAAAAUACCCGCCCAAGCUCUGUUGUGGUGCAUUUGUACAAUUUGCAUGUCCUUAUGCCGACCAGUUAAAUGACUUGACAAAUGAGUGUGCAUCUGCCAUGUUUAGCUAUAUCAACAUCAAUGGCAAGUACCCACCUGGUCUCUUUGCCAAUGAGUGUAAAGGAGAUAAGAAUGGCCUCGAAUGCCCCGCACAACCUCCAUCAGAUUCACAUGACCACAGUGGCACUCUUUUCAAUAGUAAACCAUCUUGCAUAAUAGUGCUUCUUGUGGCAUUUCCAAUUCUAUUAGCAUGGUUUAUCUGAAGCUUUAUCUUUUAGUAAAAUCUUUAAGGCAACGUGUGUGUAUUCAACUCAAUUCAACAAUGUGCAUGGUAUACAUGUGAAAUGAGGAGAGAUGGUCACUCCAAAAGGAAGAGUAAAAGCAAUUUUUCUCUUUUCCUUUCUACAAUUUUCUAUGUUUUUAUAACAUUUUUUCUACAAUGUCAAGCACAAUUUGUUGUUAAAUUGUGGAGAAAAGUUACCUAAGAAGGUAGAAAAUGAUGGAAAGCAAGAGAAAUUUUAUCUGACUCAUUUUUAUAAAUUUAUCUCUCUUGUCACAUGUAGGUGCAUAUUGUUGCACUAGAGGUGUUCUAAGGCAUGGAGUAAAAAUCCUUGAGAGAUUUAUUUCGAGCUCAUUGAUUAGUAGGCUACAUUUGGUUUCAUUGUAAUGUAAUGGAUCACGUAAUUAAAUACAAAAUGUAAUGUAAUUGGAUAUUGCUAUGUUUGAUUAUUUAAGUAACGUAACCCUCCAUUUUAAUUAAAGAUAUUCUUCUUAUCUGGUUGUUCCCAUAAAAGGCUACAUUCCUUAACUACUGAUUAAUAAAAGUCAUUAUUUCCCAAGUUC